UAUAUAAGCUUAAUUAGUUCUUACUGUAUCGUUUUAUUAAGAAAGAAAAUCAAUACAAAAUCAGAUUAGAUUCUCUCUGCUUCUUCUUCAAUUCUUCAAUGUUCUUCAAAUCCUUAUUCAGGUUUAUGGGGAGUUGGGUUACUCCCCCAUUGCCAACUGAUUUUGGGGUGGAACCUCAACUUCCUUCAAAUCUGCCCCCUAUGACAACUCAACCAGACUCUUCUUCUCCUUCUUCUUCUCCAUAUGAUGUCUUUCUGAGUUUUAGAGGAGCGGAUACACGCACCAAUUUUACAGAUCAUUUGUGCAAUGCUCUGGUUGGUAAAGGGAUCCACACCUUCAUUGAUGAUGAUGAGCUUCCAAGAGGAGAAGAAAUAUCGCCAGCCCUUGUCAAAGCAAUUGAAGAAUCAAGAAUUUCUGUCAUUGUAUUCUCGGAAAACUAUGCAUCUUCAAGGUGGUGCUUGGAUGAACUUGUCAAGAUCCUUCAAUGUAAACAAUCAAAGCAACAAGUAGUUUUGCCCAUUUUUUACAAGGUGGAUCCGUCGGAUGUACGAAAGCAAACAAAUAGUUUUGGAGAUGCAUUUAAAGGCCUUAUUCGAAGCGAAUUCAAGGAUGACAAGGAGAAAGUGCUCAUAUGGAAGGAAGCUCUUAGACAAGCAGCAAAUUUGUCCGGACAUACUUUCAAGGAUGGAGAGUCUGAAGCUACAUUUAUCAACGACAUUGUUGAUGGAAUCUUACGCCAAGUAUUGAGACGCACAUAUUGGAAUGUGGCUGAGCACCCAGUUGGAAUUCAGUCUCAUGUACUAGAUGUGAAAAAGCUUUUAGAUGUUGGUGAAAAUGGUCGUCGCAUAGUUGGAAUAUGGGGGACAUCUGGAAUAGGCAAGACAACAAUUGCAAAAGCUAUAUGGAAUGCAAUUGCCCAUGAGUUUGAAGGAAGUUGUUUCUUGGAAAAUGUUAGAGAUGGAAGCUUAGUCCAGCUACAGAAGACUCUUCUUCAUAAGUAUCUAGGCAAAAAGUUGAAAAUUCAGAGUGUUGAUGAAGGAAUCGGUGUUAUAAGAGAACGGCUGAGGCGUAAAAAGAUUCUAUUAAUUCUUGACGAUGUGGACCGAUUGGAGCAGUUAGAAAAAUUGGCUGGAGAUGAUUGGUUUGGUGAGGGUAGUAGAGUAAUCUUUACUACAAAAAAUAGGAGAUUGUUUGAGAAUCGUGAUAUUAAGUUGAUACACGAGGUGAAGAAGUUAGAUUCCAACCAAGCUCUUGAGCUUUUCAGUUGGCAUGCAUUCCGAAGAAGUGAACCUCCAGAAGAUUAUUUGGAACUCGCACAACGUGCAAUAGCUUUUGCUGAUGGCCUUCCACUAGCUCUAACAAUUUUAGGUUCUCAUCUUCGUGGUAUAGUUAUACGACGUUGGCAAGUUAUAUUAGAUGGUUACGAAGGAGAACCUUAUACAGAUAUUGAAAGAAUACUUCAAAAAAGUUAUGAUGCCUUGGAUCACCGCGCAAAAGAUUAUUUUCUCGACAUUGCAUGUUUCUUCAAGUGUGAAGAUAAGGACUAUGUGCUACAAAUAGUACCCCAAAAAUUCAUUGAAGAAUUCGUUGAUAAGGCAUUGAUAACUAUUGAACUGAAUUAUAGGAUUUUAAUGCAUGACUUGCUAGCAAACCUGGGCAAGGUUAUAGUUCGCAAAGAAUCCCCCGAUGAUCCUGGCCAGCGUAGUAGAUUGUGGUUUUACGAGGAUGUCAAACGAGUUCUGACGGAAAGUACAGGAACAAGGAAUAUUAAAGGCAUCGUGGUGAAGUUUCCAGAACCAGCUGAGAUAACCUUGAAUCCAGAAUGCUUCCGUAAUAUGGUAAAUCUUCAAAUUUUCAAAAUCCAUAAUGCAUCUCUACGUGGGAACAUUAACUAUCUGCCCAACGCGUUAAGAAUUAUUGAUUGGCCUAGUUGUCAGUUACAAUCUUUGCCACCCAAUUUUCAAGGAAAUCGUCUUGUUGAGUUCGAAAUGCCUGGCAGUCAUAUCAGACAAUUGGAGGGAUUUAAGCAUUUGCCAAACCUGACAUAUAUGAAUUUGAGUGAUAGUCAAUUCUUAGAAAAAAUCCCAGACUUAUCCGGAAUCCCAAACAUAGAGUUCUUGGAUCUAAGUAACUGUACAAGUUUGGUUGAGGUCCACGAUUCUGUUGGAUUCCUUGAUAAACUUGUUGAAUUAAAUCUCGCUGGAUGCGUUAAUCUUACGAGGUUUGGAACAAGACUUAGAUUGAAAUCCUUAGAAAGCAUUUGGCUAGAUGAUUGUAAAAGGCUUGAGAGUUUCCCAGAAAUAGAAGUGGAGAUGGAAUCACUACUGACAUUGACUAUGGAUGGAAGUGGCAUAAGAGAAUUGCCUCUAUCAAUUGCGAAUCUUACUGGGCUUAAAUUGUUGAGUCUUCCAAGAUGCUUCAAUCUUAAUGAAUUACAGCUGCUUUAUUGCUUGUCCACAUUACAAUUUCUGUAUCUAAGUGGAUACAAUUUUGUCACGCUUCCGGAAUGCAUUAGCAAAUUUGUGAGGUUGUACAAGCUUAGCUUGCGUGAUUGCGAGAGUCUUCUAGAAAUUCCACAAGAAGUGCUUCCACUAAGUUUACAUAAGUUAUACCUGGAUAACUGCACAUCAUUGGAAAAAAUUCCAAAACUGCCACUAUCAGCGAGGGAUAAGCAACUGUUUUUGAUGAAUUGCGAUAGACUACGUGGCUAUGACAUCACAGAAAAUAGUAUUCUGGAUCAGGUAUCUUCUCAUCCGCAAUCUGAAUUUGAAAUUACUCUUCCAGGCGAUGAAGUACCAAAGUGGUUCAGCUGUUGUAAAGAUGCAACACUAGUUAAAUAUGCAGAUGAUGAAGAGGAAUUAUGCCAUGCUCGAUGUGAAGUUUGUUUUGAAAUUCCUCCAAAUUUAGAUUGGAAGACGUUAAGAUUGGUUCUAUGUGUUGUUAAUAAAGGAGGGCCAUUUUAUUUUGGGGCAAAUACACGUGUUCAUAUCAAUAGAAAAGAGGUCCAAUCGAUAUUUAUGCUGCUAAAGGAAAGUCAUAUGGGCACUCAUGUGGCUCUUCAGUGUAUUCCAUUAUUGAAUCUGAGCAACUUACGUGUGGGGGAAGAACUGACGCGAUUGCAACAGGGUAAUAUGUGUCAAAUUAUAUUUGAGUUCCGUAGACCGCGAUUGCCCACCCUGAUUGACAUACCCACACCCGUCAAAAUCCUCUGCGGGGUCCACCUAUUAGGCCACCAGGUGUUGUUGCCUGAUGUGAUGGCAGUGAACGAUGAUAUUCAUGAUGAUCAACACCAAGACAACGAAUUGCUUUCCUUGCCUUCGACAUCAGAGACUAGUGUUGGCAAGAAGAGGCCUCGGUUAUCAGAUUUCAUGGCACUUGAUGAUGAUCAUCGUGCUAACGUCGUCGAAGUUAGUGAUCAUGAAGCUCAAAGGGGAGAGGCGAAUCACCCAAAGAGGAGGCACACUGAUCUUAACGAGGAGCCAAAGCAAUGAAGUUCCAAAGUGGUUUAUGUAAGCCCCAGGUUCAGCUGUUGAAACGAACCAAAUUUCCAGGCAAUGGUCUGGUAAUCAAGAGGUGUGUUGAGGCGCCAGCAGUUUCUGAGAUUCCAUUUUAAGUUGCAUAAGGCAAUACCUUUCUUCUCAAUUGAUGCAUCCAGCAUUUAUCCGCAGAUGAACAAAACUGGUUGCAAGCCGGAUUCUUCCAUCUCAUUCAUUGGAAUUGAUGUAUUUUUGGGGAUGAAAUGUAACAGAUUUAUCUAUUUCAUAAUUUCCAAUUAAGGUUUGUUAAAAAUCAGACAUUAAUUGUAAACAUGCGUCCAAAUAUGCCCAAAAUAUUUUUGUUGAAAGAUUGUGUCUCAUUACACCAGUAAUCUUGCUGGUAUUGGCAAGGUACAAGAAUCCUAGCAUGUCUAAAUCAUGUCAAGUUGCUGCAACUCACGUUGCUGGUAUAGUUCAAGAUUUUUUGAUAAUCUUGCAAGGACACGGAAUGAAAAGCUUGAUGAGCAGCAAUAGUGUCAUGCAUAUUAUGUUGUUUUCGAACUCCUGUCUAGUUUGCGAAUAGAUUUUGGUUCUUUGAAUA